UUCAUUUUUAGUUUUUUAUUGAGCUUUCUUUUUAGACUAUAAUUAACAUGGAUUAUCCUCAAGCUUUUGUGUCUAUUGUAGUUUUUUGCAUAUAUAUUUUCGUCGGUGUGCCAGUUUGGUGGAAUACAACAAAAGUAUAUAGAGCAUCUUUACCUAAUGAAAAAAUUAACGUGUUGCAAAAUGCAUCUAUUAAAUUGCAUAUUCGUUUAAAUAUUCAGAGUAGUGUUUACGAAGAAUCCGAGCUUAAAGAGGUAGCCGCUAUCGUUUCGGCUGAAUCAAUUAACGAUCAAGUUAUAUGGAGUGUUAAUGUUGCUAUAGCGCAAACAAACGCUAGAGAAAAGUAUUGUGAACAAUACGAAAAUUCAUCUGAAUUAACAUACAAUAUCUUUAUUGAUCAGGACCAUUUAAACAAAAAAUUUAUAAAAAUAUAUUGCCAAACAACUUCAAGUGUUAUAAUAUCACUUUCCGAAAAAAUAUCUUCAUCAAAUUUGGAACAGAUAGUUCGUGAAACGAUAGACGAUCUUACUCGAAAUAGUUAUUUCCUAUCAAACAAAUCUUCGCUAAGCUACAAUAAUCCUAUGCCUCCUUCAUCAGGCUACCAUAUAACUUUUACUUUAGCUGUUUCUAAUCCUGCUGAUUUCUUGCCUUUUUGGGAUAUUGAAGUUUCCAUAAACAAUUAUUUGAAGCCAAUGCUUCAAAAAUUUAAUUUUCUCGGACCAUUCAAAGUUUCAUCUCAAAUUUUGUACUAUGUUGACCUUGGUGUAAAUCCAUUCGUCGGUAACGAUUCUUUUUAUUUUAGAGAAAGCAAGCUACCACAACUGAUUAAUCCUAUAGAGUCGAGAUUAGCAUCAUACGUCAAUACAGAUCCUAUCCUAAAUUUUGUUAUUUACGUGCCACCUAAAAAAUAUUCUCCUUUGCACAUCCGUAAGUCAAAAAACUCUAAAGUUGGUAAAAUCAGUUCCUUUUAUAGUCCGAGAUGGGGGGGGGGGGGGGGAAUAGCUAUAUAUAAUCCAACUAAAGUUAACGAGCAAAUAGCUACACAAGAUUAUAUGGGAGUUUUUAUCGAGCAGUUUAAAUUAUUAGUAGGUAUUAAAUCAUAUUUUACCGAUAAUAAUGAGAUUUUUUCUCGAGUUAAUCUUUUAAUCGAGAAAACGUUUGAAAACUUACGUACUUGUUUAUCGACUAUAUCUUCGUUGUCAAAACUUCUUGAUAAAAUAGCAAAUAUUGUUAUAAAGGAUGAAAUUAAAGAAUUAGUUUAUGUAGCUGUUCUAAAUGUCGAGCGCAGUAUUUCUUUUUUACGUGUUGGAGAUAUUGAAAACGCUCAUUUAACUUCUAAAGAAGCUUUUCGUUGUUCAGAGAAAGCAUUUUAUGACUCUUCUUUGCUAGCACUGCUUUACUUUCCAGAUGAUCAAAAGUAUGCUAUAUAUGUUCUUCUAAUUUUGCCUAUUUCUUUACCAGUAAUAAUGUCCUUUUUUCGAGCUGUAAAAUCAUUCUUCAAGUACCAAGAAAAAGAUGUAUAAAUAUAUAUAAAUCAAUAAAUAUGCUAAAGAUCUAUUUAAAAGUAUAAAUGCGGUAAUAGUUUCUUAUAUUGCGAGUUCAAUUUUUUUAUAAAUUUGAUGUAAGUUUUGAUAUGUUUAUUGCCAUAAGUUAAAUCUACUGACGAGACGCAUUUUAGUUUCGCUCUUUGCGAAUUAUUUGCUCUGCAUUAAUAUUAUUUACUAUAAAGAUCGUUUUAUGAAUCAUAAAUG